AUGUCUCAAUCUACCGUUCUUAUCACUGGUGCUAGCAGAGGUAUCGGGGCAUCUCUGGCAGCCAAAUAUCUCCUACGGCCUAACACCACCGUGAUUGCAACGGUUCGACAGGUCACGCCUCAACAUGAGGAAAGGCUUUACUCCCUACCAUGCGGGCAAGGCUCGAAGGUGAUUAUACUUCCAUUUGACAUGAAUAUUGCCUCGAGUAUUACAGAGGGAGUCGCUCUUCUCAAAGCUGAAUACGGCAUAACAUGCUUGGAUCUGGUCAUUGCCAAUGCGGGUAUUUGCGAUACCUUCGGCCCAGUGGCGAAAAUCUCCGAGGAAGAGAUGUUGAAGCACUUUGAGGUCAACACCGUAGGCCUACUUCAGCUGUUCAAGGCCACCAUCCCACUCUUGGAUGUCUCAGAGAAACCCAAGCUGGUAUACAUAUCUACAAACGUGGCUAGUAUCAGUCAGCUCAACACAUGGUCCGCCACGACGGAAUAUGGAAUAUCCAAGAUGGCCGGCAACUUUUUGAUGAAGAUGAUUAGCAUUGAGCACAGCAAUGUGAUUGCUCUUUCCAUCAGUCCUGGGUUUGUUCAGACGGAUAUGGGUAAUCGUGGGGCCAAGGGUCAAGGGCUCGAAAAGGCGCCUGUGACGGUAGAAGACUCUACGGCCGGCGUUAUCAAACUGAUUGAUGCGGCGUCCAAGGAGACCACCGGCCGAUUUUUGGACUUGGACGGUGGGGAGAUUCCUUGGUAA